AUGGACACAGUCGACGAGGAUCCAGUCACAAACAACAAUGGAUCCGGGUCAACCCGAAUACCCACAUCCAAUACGGAAACUUUGACCGGAUUAUUAGAAGCAAUGAGGGAAUUCAUGAGUUUGUCACUUGAAGAGAGGCAGAGAUUAAUGAUGCAAAUAUUAUCCGUUGCGAUAUCGGGUCGUGGAUCGUUCGAGCAAACAGUAUCCGGUUCGAAACCGGGUAACGGAUUAUCGGAGCAAGUAAUAUCCGAGAAACUACGAACAAGGGCGGUUGUCGGGGAUCAUGAAAGUGUGUGCGCUGUUUGUUUAGGUCAACUUUGCGGUUCGGACAAAAACGAGACGGUUAUUGCGAAGCUCGAGAUUUGCGGGCACGAGUACCAUGUUGAUUGCAUUAAAGAAUGGCUGCAAAGAAAGAAUCUAUGCCCACUUUGCAGAGGUAUAGCACUUGAAGUUGAUCAUUGA